CUUUACAGCCAUAUGUCAAUUUUUCUAUACAAAUUUGGAGAUGCAAGGAUCCAUUCAAAAAUCAUAUCUAUUAAACCGUUCAAGAUAAAUAAGUGCUCCUCUUUAUGAAUCUUAAAAGUUUAAGGAAUUUUUGAGUGACCGCUGAAAGUUUUGAAAAAGUCAGAAAACGAAUGCUUGUGAAGAGUCUGCGUCUGUCACAAAUGACUGAACACAGUAUUCUAUUGUGAAUUUUAGAGCUUGGGGCAAUGAUUAUUUCAAGAUAUUGGCCGCUUAGCUAAAAACUGGUCUCACAAUGUACCUAUAGACCGAAGAUAUUAUUAUUUAAAGUUCCAGUGAAUAUUAGAGUGAGGAUUUAUAUUAAGGCGCAUGAUCUGAACGUAGGAAUAAUUACAAAUGUUAACGAUUUCUUCAUUGUUGUAUCAAAUAUCACAAUGCAAUAAAUUUUGAUUUCGAAUUGGAUUCCUCUACCACCAUUUUUUAUAUACACUAUGUCCCAGAUAAUGAUGUAUCUCAUGGGGAUCUCCGAAACCAUAGAUGAUACGACGAUAGUCAAAUUAGGGAAAAGUUGCGCAAUUAAACAGUUAUUAUCCUGCUUAUAGAAAACAAGAAAAUUCCGAUUACUCCGAAGAUAUGCUAGAAAAUGCCACAUAUGCCGAAAUUUGCCGAUUUGGCUUUUAAUUUUUUGCUGAUAUUGCAGUAGAACCCCGAUUUUCCGUGCUCCACGGGACUGGACCAAACACGGAUAAGUGAAAAGCACCAAUAAUCCAAAUUAAUAUUUAUUUCUUGCAUAUGAAGAUAUUGAAUACCAAAAAAUAUAAAACAGAAAAUUUUUAUACAAGAAAAUGUGUACUUUAACUUUUCUCUAAUUUGACCAUCGUCGUAUCUUCGUAUCCCCAUAGUAGGCAUCCUUAUCUUGAAGCUUGAACACAGUGUACACUUGCUAUCUAACAAAGAAUGACUUUGUAUUACCUACUAAUAUCAACUUGGGAAAGUUUUCUUUUUAUAAAAUCAUUCUAUUCUCUUACAGCUUGCAAAAAUAAUAAAAUAAAGGAAAUAUAAAGGAAGUUUACGUUCAAUUCUAGGUGGCAAAAUUACAUAUUAUCCACUAGUGGAGGAUACUUUUAUUACUCCACGAAAACCUUACUUUCUGAAAACAUCAGAUUCUGGAUAAAAUUUUGUAUUUGACUCGUGUGUCCCGUGGAUAAAGGUCUUUAUCACACGCUUGAUAAAUAAAUAGCUAUUUAUUGUCAAAUCUGUAAUCAAGCUCUUCCUAUAAGGGUGUCGUCUCGAUCGAUAGUUUCGAUGGUAGGUACACCGUUGCUAAAUGUCAUGUAUUGUAUAAUUUCUGGUAAUGGUGGUAUAUCUUUAUCUUUGAUGUAUUCCCACAAAAAAUCACAGAGGGUGACCCCCGGGAUCUUAGAGGCCAUCAUCAGUUCAAAACAGUGUCAUCAUUUGGAUCUUUACACAACACUAACAAGAAUUGACUUACACACAGCUGAUAUACGUACCCAAACCUUUUUUUAUGAAGUAUAAUCCUUGGGGGUUUGUUAAUUUGUCUUGGUUGAGGUGACCCACAAUGUAAUCUCCCCCCCCCCCUCCAUAUCCACCACCGCCACCUUUGGGGAGUAUUCUGUAAACUCAUAGUCAUAUAGUGUGCCUCACCAGAUUUAUCGUCACGUCCCGCUACACUGGCAGUAAGUAUCUAAAUCCGGAUUUAAUAAAAAGAAGUUAUAUAUUAAUUUCCAUACAUGUUCAUAACUCAUAAAUGCGAACAACUUUAUUCUCUGGUUCAAAGAACCUAUUAAUUAAUGGCGUUCGAAAAUAUUGAACUAUAGGUAUACCGAUCGACGUACAAAAUUUCAAAUUGUCAGCCAUAAUUAGCAUAAAAGUUUUGAAAAUUACAACAUUGACACUACAGCAUACAGCAUAAAGUGGCACAAAAAUAAUUUCUUACUACACUACAACUUUACGGACCCGUGGCACAUUGUACUUUAUAAUAAUGAGUUGGCUUUUAAUAAUGCUUCAAUAUUAUCUUUUACGUAGACCAUAGAGGAUAUUCCACCCUAAAUUGCUCUCACGAACGUGGUUUGGGCAAUUCCUGGUGGUGAAGACCAAAAAGUUGUUAACCGACCUGUCAUUACUUAGUCAUCGCAACCUUCUAGCAAAUGAAUUAGGAAUUUUAACAAUAAAAAAAUCACCGAAAAUAUUCAGACGCGAGACGCGCUGUAUCGUGAAGCAAAAAGAUAGAAAGGAAAUCUUCUUCAACGGACGCGACUGGGUUUACCUGUUUUACGUUCGUUCGUUAACUCCGACUCCGUAGGUGCUGCCGUAACGUAGGGUAUUCCCAGAUAUACCUUGUGUCUAUAUAAUCCGGCCGCAGAAGGGGUCUGAUGAGUAUAACGUGAUGAACUCAUUAAGGAGACGGGUCUUUGUACUUUUCUAAAUACAUACCAUCCUUUGAUCGUGUUCAAUGCCAAACUGUAUUAUAACUUCGUAAAUCUUCUCGUCGGUUAUAAAACAUGGUAUUAUUUUUAAUGAUUGGGAACUAGUUUCAAAAAGUUCGCUAUCACUAUACCCGCGUUAGUAUUGAAUCAUAGCGCCAUGAGUUCACUUUCAUCUAAAAUGUCUUGCUACCAGCAGGUGCCUUUACAAAUAGAUAUCCCUAAAGACAUCGGGCAAUUUUCGCCAAAACUGCAGGUGUACAGAGCGCGAUGGAUUAUGCUCCUGAUCUUCUUCAUGGUUAGCAUAUGCAGUCUAAUGCAUAUUAUGCAGUUUGCCAUUAUUGCGGACGUUGUUGGGGAAUAUUACGGGGUGACACAGACAGAAGUCAAUUGGACGGCCACCGUCUAUCUAUUAAUGUACAUACUUUUUGGAUUCCCAGCAACCUAUCUCUUGGAAAAGGGGGGUCUACGAGUAACGGCACUCAUCGGAAUGGGCCUGACUUGCAUAGGAUCAUGGAUCAAGGUGGGAGCAGUCUCACCGGAACGCUAUUACGUAGUACUAUUAGGACAAACAGUCAUAGCACUCGCACAAGUACUAAUCAUUCCCAUUCCACCCAAAUUGGCGGCGGUAUGGUUCCCUUCCAAGGAAGUGGCAUCUGCGAACAGUGUCGGAAUUGCUGGAAUGGAGUUUGGGCUCGCCAUUGGACUGUUGGCACCUCCGCUGUUCCUACAAUACGGAACGAAUGUGUCAGAAACCUUUUACCUAAUGAACUUUUCGUUCGCAAUCGUAACUACCUUAGUGUUCACCAUGUUGCUAGUCUUUUUCCAAGCAGCGCCAUGUUCGCCUCCAUCCAUUGCCCAGUCGCAAAUGGAGAAGGAUGUGCCUUUUUUCAAAUCGGUAAAGACGCUCUUGUACAGUACGACAAAUGUAACCCUAAUAAUCGCGUACGGAAUUGCGAUUGGGUUAUUCGUUGCUGUCACCACCUUAUUAAACCAAGUAGUUUUGAAACACUACCCGAAUGCCCACGAGGACGCAGGUUGGAUAGGACUAACGAUGGUUCUAUCAGGUGCCGUUGGAACAAUGAUCUGCGGUGUAAUUCUUGACAAAUACGGCAGGUUCAGGCAGACCACGCUGAUUUUGUCAGCUCUUGGUGUAGCAUCGAUGUUCUGCUACACACUCGCCAUACACAAGGGGAUAGUGUUCGUCUACUUAGUCUGUGCGAUGUUUGGAUUUGCAACGUUAGGCAUCCAAGUGACUGGAAUAGAAUUGGGGGCCGAACUAGCAUAUCCAGUGCCUGAAGCAAUAACGGCAGGAGUACUGUCUACCUCAACUCAAGUGUUCGGAAUAGUGUUUACAUAUCUUUACUCAUAUAUUUUGAACGUUAGUGGAGACUUUUCCGCAAACUUAACCAUGUUGGCCAUAUUUAUGGUUGAGUUUGUGCUCAUGUGUAUGUUGAAAUAUGACUUGCGAAGGCGAGCCGUAGAAAAAGGCAGUGUACCUCGGUGACAUUUCCGUUUGCCAAAUGAUUUGUUCAGUAUUAAUUUAUAAUUGUUAAUUGUUAUUUUAUAAUAUUUAUACAUUACAUCGUUAAA